AUGAAAUCUCAAGCUGGAUCCCUUGCAUGGGAGAACUUAAGAUACGACUUGCAUCCUUGGCUAAAAGAUGCUCUACUAUCAUUAGGAUACCCAACAAUGACGCCCGUCCAAGCAUCAACCAUACCUUUACUUUGUGGCAAUAAAGACGUCAUUGUUGAAGCCGUGACUGGAUCAGGUAAAACGUUAGCUUUUGUCGUUCCAGUGUUGGAAAAGUUAUCAAAAAGAUUAUACACAUCUGAUGAAGAAGGCAAGCUAGAACCCUUGAAACGUAAUCAUAUCUUAAGCAUUGUCAUCUCGCCAACUAGGGAAUUGGCUAAACAAAUCCAAAUGGUUUUUGAUCGUGUAUUGGAAUAUUUACCAGAAGACAAAAUACCCCAAAUCAAGACGCAACUAUUGGUUGGGUCACUAGGAACCGUACGUGAAGAUCUUGAAAAGUUUCAGGACCUUCAACCGCAAAUUCUAAUUGCUACUCCUGGCCGAUUAUUAGAUUUUUUGACGACGUCAACAAUAGUCAAGACAUCGAGUUUAGAAAUUGCCGUAUUGGACGAGGCAGAUAAAUUGUUGGAUUUUUCAUUCGAGAUGGAUGUGGUCAAUAUAUUGAAGAAGUUGCCUAAACAACGUCGAACCGGGUUAUUUUCAGCAACCAUUUCAUCGGCGGGUGAUACAAUUUUCAAAACGGGGAUGAAUAAUCCAGUUAAAGUCCAAGUCAAGACGCGGAACUUCCUUGGUGAACAACUGAAUGCGCCUACUUCUUUGCAACUAUCAUAUAUGUUACUUCAUCCAGAGUUUAAGCUCACUACGUUGUUGAAUAUACUACAAGAUUAUGAUUUCAAAAAAGUCAUUGUUUACUUCCCUACAUGUACAUCAGUCAAGCAUUUUUAUCAAAUAUUCACAAAAUUAGUUGCCGGUGAUGAUGAUUCAAAUCUACAGUUUUUUUCAUUACACGGCCAAUUAAACACUAAAGCUCGAUUAAAUACGUUGGAAAAAUUCAUUAGUGGCAAUGAAGCCAAUACAAAGUAUGUUUUAAUGACGACUGAUGUUGCUGCUCGUGGUAUAGAUGUGCCUGAGGUUGAUUUGGUGGUACAAUUGGACCCACCUACAGACCCUAGUGUGUUCUUACAUCGAUGUGGACGUACAGGACGGGCCAAUAAAGCCGGACGAGCUAUAGUCAUGUUGAAUGACGGAACUCAAGAAGAGGACUAUAUUGGAUUUAUGGAAGUGAAAAAUAUAUUCAUGACCAAGAUUGAUCCUCCAGAGCUGCCCCAGACUCAUCAUGACUCAUUUCAAAAACAACUUCGAAAGUAUAUGCUUGAAGAUCGAGCUCGCCAUGAAUUGGCAGUCAAGUCAUAUGUCGGAUUCAUUCGAUAUUAUUCCAAACAUGUAGCCAGUCUGAUUUUCCGAUUAGCAACCCUUGAUUAUCUAGCCAUUGCGAAAAUGUAUGGGUUAUUGAGAUUGCCCAAGAUGCCCGAGACGAAAUAUAUUGAGAAUGAACGCAUGCCACAAGAUGGCUGGUUAGGCGAACCAAUAGAUAUGGAUAUAUAUGCAUACGCCGACAAGCUACAAGAGAAAUCGCGUAUGGAAAACUUGGCCAAAGAUAAGGAAGUCAAGAUUGCCAAUGCCAAACGACGCAAAGAAUUGAAAAUCAAGAAUGAAGCAUGGUCAAGUAAAACAGAACACAAGGAAACUAAACAAGAAAGAAAGGAGAAAAUGAAACGUAAACGUGAAGCAAUUGAAAAACAAUUGAUGGAAAAUGACGAAGAAGAUGAACAAGAAACUCAACAGGAUUGGAAAGAUUUAAUACGUCAAUCAAAGAAGUCAAAAAAUCAAACCAUGCAAGGUUCAUUUGAUGAUUUAUAG